CCAUUCCGAAUCCGCCAAAGCUCUUACACCUGGAAAAGCUGUACAAGAUAGUUCAAAAUGUUUACGAACAUUGAAAGGUGUUCUUGAUAAUUUCUUAAAAGAAAAUUUAUCUGAUGAGGAGAUUCAGGACUCAAAAAUAUUAGGCAUUCAAUUUGCUG